AUGGCGCCACCAACAUUUGCUGAUCUCGGAAAAUCUGCUAAGGAUCUCUUCAACAAGGGAUACAGUAAGUGUUUAUCUCCUGCAUGCUUUGCCCGAAUAUUUGAACUUUUAGUUUUAGAUCUAUGAUCUUAUCUAUUCUGCCCGUUAAAUGAAGAUAUUUCAGACUUUGGAUUCCUCAAGGUUGACACCACCACUCGUGCUGGAGACAACAAGGAAAUCGAAUUCAAAUCGGCUGCCAACCACAACCUCGGAUCUGGAAAGCUUGGAGGAAACCUCGAUGUCAAAUACAAGAUCCCAAAAUACGGUUGGUUUUUUUCUGACAGGCUUUUUUCUUAUCAGUUGUAAAUGAUGCAAUUUGUAUCAUAAAUUUCGUGAUGACAUCAAUCAAGCUUUACACUUUUAGGAGUCACUUUGACCGAGAAAUGGAACACCGAAAACCAACUCGGAACCGUCAUCGAAGUCAACGAGCAAUUCGGCCGUGGACUCAAGCUCACUCUUGAUUCACUUUAUGCUCCACACGCUGGAAAGAGAAGCGGAAAGCUGAAGGCUGAUUGGUCACUCCCAACUGCCAGAGUGAGUGCUAUUUUGCGAUCUGAUUUCCAAUCGAGAUUAAAAAUUGAUUGGAAACACGAUAAUUUUCGGGUGUGCAUCUAAAUUCUUUGUAGUGUGUGCAUUUAAUCAGUCUCGAGUUUUGGCCAAUUAAAAUUCAAAUGGUUUUUUUCAGAUCACCGCUGAUGUUGCUCUUACCUCAGCCCCAGUCAUCAACGCUGCUGGAGUCUUCUCUCGUGAAGGAUGGUUGUUCGGAGCUGCCGCUACCUUCGACACCUCAUCAAACAAACUUGCCUCAACCUCAUUGGCCUUCGGACACUCCACCCCACAAUACACCCUCCACUCAUUCGUUGUCAACUCCACCGACUUCGGAGCAUCCUUGUACCACAAGGUUGCCUCAAACGUCGAAGUUGGAACCCAAUUGGGAUGGAAGGUUGGCGGAAAUGGAGCCGACUAUGCUCUUGCCACCAAAUAUGCACCAAGCCGUGAUUUGACCGUCCGCGCCAAAGUCAACAACAACUCGCAAGUCGCCGUUGCUGCCACCCACUCUUUGUCACCAGCUCUUAAAUUGACUCUUUCAACACAAUUCCAUUUGGUCAACAACGAAGCACACAAAUUCGGUCUUGGACUCGAAUUCGACCCAUCCAACUAA